GCAUCCACGCGGGUAGCCCGGCAGCCAGUCGGCAGCUGGGGCGUGCUGGGGUGGGGCCGUGCGGGGCGCGCCACGCCACUCAACCCGGCCGGCCAAUGGGCGCCGCGCCCCGGGCGCACCGAGCCAAUCGGAGGCGAGAAGGUCUGUGAGUGGCAUUGAGGGAGGGCUGGCGAGAGGAGGCCGGGAGUGAAGUUGGAGCUAAACCCCGUAAGCUAUAAAGAAGUUCCAGGGGGGCGUUUUCAGCUUCCAAUUAGGACUAAUACUGGCUUCGUGGCGGCUACUGAGGAGGAGUCUGAACCACCUCUCCCGUCCCAGAGCCCGCAUCCCCCUCCUGCCUCCGCGCACCCCUUCCCCAAUCCAUGACCAAGGAAAGAGAAGCGAGCCGGGGCGCGCUCUGCUCCCCUCCGCCGGCGGGAGGCCGGGGGGCCGGCGGAGCUGCUCAGCUGCACGGUGGGCAUGAGUGCCAUUAAGAGGGGAGCGCCUCCGCACCCUCCGCCGCCCGCGGGGACUGAAGAGGCCUGAAGGAGUUUGUCCAGCGCUCCUGCUCCUCCCGGAGGCUCGGGGCCGCGCCAGACGCCCGGGACUGGAGAGCCGACCGUCGGGGAUUAUGAUGUCGAGUUUCCGAGAACCCGGGUACGAGGCGCCGAACCGGAGAAAAGGCUGGCUCCUCAGGAGCCCCGCAGGCGUUUGAGACUCCGAGGAUUGCCCCGAUUGCGUGGAUCAGCCACUUUCGUGUCCUCGAAUCGCACGUUUUUAAAGAGAAAUACCUUUCGCUCGAGGCGUUGGUCAUUUGCUACCAUCGAUACACUGAAGCAAAGACUUCCGUCUCUUCGUUCAAAGUAUGCUUUGUAUUUUUGCCAAAUAUGAUCUCUAAUUGAAAGCUUAUUUUUGGUUUUGGAUGAAUCUGUGGAGCUUAUGCGGUAAGAAGAAAGGGGGAACGAGACACAAUGAAAGAGAAGUCCAAAAAUGCUGCCCGGACUAGGAGAGAGAAGGAGAACAGUGAGUUUUAUGAACUGGCUAAAUUGCUGCCUUUGCCCUCGGCUAUCACCUCGCAGCUGGACAAAGCAUCCAUCAUCAGACUCACCACCAGCUACCUCAAAAUGAGAGUAGUGUUCCCAGAAGGGCUCGGCGAGGCAUGGGGCCACUCGAGCCGGACGAGCCCCCUGGACAACGUGGGCCGCGAGCUGGGGUCCCACCUGCUCCAGACCCUGGAUGGCUUCAUCUUUGUGGUGGCCCCAGAUGGGAAGAUCAUGUACAUCUCGGAGACAGCCUCGGUGCACCUGGGCCUUUCUCAGGUAGAGCUGACCGGGAACAGCAUUUACGAGUACAUCCACCCGGCCGACCACGACGAGAUGACGGCGGUGCUCACGGCCCAUCAGCCGUACCACUCUCACUUCGUCCAGGAGUACGAGAUCGAGCGCUCCUUCUUCCUGCGGAUGAAGUGCGUCUUGGCCAAAAGGAACGCGGGCCUCACCUGCGGCGGCUACAAGGUCAUCCACUGCAGCGGGUACCUGAAGAUCCGCCAGUACAGCCUGGACAUGUCGCCUUUUGACGGCUGCUACCAGAACGUGGGCCUGGUGGCCGUGGGCCACUCGCUGCCGCCCAGCGCCGUCACCGAGAUCAAGCUGCACAGCAACAUGUUCAUGUUUCGCGCCAGCCUGGACAUGAAGCUCAUCUUCCUGGACGCCAGGGUGGCCGAACUGACGGGGUACGAACCUCAGGACCUGAUCGAGAAGACCCUGUACCACCACGUGCACGGCUGCGACACCUUCCACCUGCGCUGCGCCCACCACCUGCUGCUGGUGAAGGGACAGGUGACCACCAAGUACUACAGGUUCCUGGCGAAGCACGGCGGCUGGGUCUGGGUGCAGAGCUACGCGACCAUCGUGCACAACAGCCGCUCCUCCAGGCCGCACUGUAUCGUCAGCGUCAACUACGUCCUCACGGACACGGAAUACAAAGGGCUGCAGCUCUCCCUGGAUCAGAUCUCAGCCACCAAACCAGCCUUUUCCUACACCACCAGCUCCACUCCUACCAUGACAGACAACAGGAAGGGGGCAAAGUCCAGGCUUGCCAGCUCCAAGUCAAAAUCCAGGGCUUCCCCCUACCCUCAGUACGCGGGCUUCGCCACGGAGAGAGCGGAGUCGGACGCCGAGAGCCAGUGGGGCGGCAGCCCGCUGCCCGACGCCGCGUCGCCGCCGCUGCUGGACGCCGCCGAGCCGGGCGCCCCGCCCGAGGCCGCGUGCGCCUACCGGCCGCUCUGCUACGGCCUCGCGCCCGGGGAGCGGCCCCCGCCGCCGCAGGCCUGCGCGCGCGGCCGCUGCGAGGCGGGCCGGUACUUCCUGGGCGCGCCGCCGGCCGGCAGGGAGCCGUGGUGGGGCCCCCGCGCGGCGCCGCCCGCGCCCAAGGCGUCCCCGGAGAGCAGAGCAGCCUACGAGGGCGGCGCGCCCCUCCUCGCCGCGGCCCGCGGGAUGCACGGGCGAGGUCACUGGGAUGAAGACAGUGUGGUCAGUUCUCCAGACCCCGGGUCUGCCAGCGAAUCAGGCGACCGGUAUCGCACUGAGCAGUAUCAAAGUAGCCCACACGAACCGAGCAAAAUUGAAACUCUGAUAAGAGCCACCCAGCAAAUGAUUAAAGAAGAAGAGAACAGAUUGCAGCUAAGGAAAGCCCCCCCAGAUCAAUUGGCUUCCAUCAAUGGAGCUGGGAAAAAACACUCCCUCUGUUUUGCCAACUACCAGCAGCCCCCACCGACGGGCGAAGCCUGCCACGUCUCUGUCGUUGCCAACAGCUCCCCAUGUGACCACAUCCAGCCCAGGGAGGGCAAGAUGCUGAGCCCCCAUGAGAACGAUUACGACAACAGCCCCACUGUGCUGUCUCGGAUAAGCAGUCCCAGUUCAGAUCGCAUUUCAAAAUCGAGUUUGAUCCUAGCGAAAGACUAUCUACAUUCUGAGAUGUCUCCUCACCAGGCAGCAGGAGACCACCCUGCCAUUUCUCCAAACUGCUUCAGCUCUCAUCGGCAGUAUUUUGAUAAGCACGCUUACACGUUAACUGGAUAUGCCCUGGAGCACUUCUACGACAGCGAAGCCAUGAGGAACUAUUCGUUGGGCUGUAAUGGCUCACACUUUGAUGUAACUUCCCACCUGAGGAUGCAGCCAGACCCGGCACAAGGACACAAGGGAACAUCUGUUAUAAUCACCAACGGAAGCUGAUGGUUUUCUAAAAUAGUUUGUUCGUUAAAGAUCUCUGAAACAUAUUUAUAGUUUAAUGCCCCAUUGCCAGCAUUUACUAUACCACAGAUUAUCGGAGAGGAUAAUUUAAGUUACUGGGUAUUUGAUGCACAUGUUCCUGUGAAAUCACACAAAACAGCACUAGCAUUCAGGGUAAUACACAGGUAAUGGAGCUGAAGUGAAUGCGCAGAUUGCCCCUCAAGUGAGAUGGAAACCAGAAUAGGUAAAUGUGGAAUUGAAAAAUACUCGUAUAGAUUAAGUGAACAGAGACACCACAAGAAAAGAUGGAUGGAUGACCAGCUUGCAGGGAUGACCCAGUGAGCCUCACACACACCACCGCUGCUUAAAUACCCACAAACUGCUGUCCACACUUUACAUGCUGAAAUACAGACUAUAUGGCAUAAAUACACCCCAAAUGGAUGACGUUUCUUACCCUAGCAAUUCAAAGAAAUUUCCAUUCCCAAAAUAACUUUGAAAGACAGAGAUAUGUCUUGUAAAUUGGUUUCUUCUUUGUGGUUUCAACCAGUCAGUUCAUUUGGUUUCAGGCAUGACUUAGGGAAAUGUUUCUGGAUAUGGUACAAGAAUGAGUUUUCACCUGGUAUCCAUUAUAAGCAGUCAGAAAGUGGUGGUUUUUCACCUUACUUUUGAGUUAGGCAAGGAACAGGAUCACCCUGACAUAACAGUAAGGGUUUUCUAAGGAAAAGCACUGAGGUGUUGGGACACACAUCAAAAACCUGGUGUGGCCAACUGGAAAUAGUUUAGUGAAGAUGGAAAGACCAGAACAGGGAGAAAUGAGAUGACAUCUCAAAACAAACCAUUUAAGGCUCAGAAUAUGUACUCAGUAUACUGGGGGCUUAUGAAACAAACUAAACAAAAAAUUUCAAUCAAUUCACCAUGAAAAAUGGUUGAUCAGUGCAAAAUAACUAAGGAAAACUAGUGAAGUGCUCCAUGACAGCAGCGUGUUUGAAAACAUUUCAAAGCACACAUGUGCAAGUGUGACAUGUAGAAAGCCUCAGAAGAGUGUCUAAGGGGAAAAGCUUGAGCUGACAGACAAGUUGUUAAAAGGGCAAGAAUAAUAAUACUCUGACGGAAGGAAUGGGCAAGGAGCUCAUUGUCCUUGCUUGUAAACAAGAAAACAGCGAAUUUGGUUGUCAUGUGAUAGAGCAGAAAAACCAGCAGACUAGAAGUCAAGGUCUCUGGGUUCCAGUUCUGCCCUUGCCUGAAACUUAUUUUGGGAACAAAGAUGUGUCCCUCACAAGCCGAGGCCCCAGUUUCUUCAUCUGUAUGGCAGUUCUAAUGUUCCAGGGUUCAGCGUUCAUAGGUGCUACAGACCUGAACUUGUUAACCAGGUAACGCUCUGGUGUGAAUUGUCAAAACUGAUUGUUCUGGCCUUUCUGCCCUCAUGCAGACAUCUAGAUGCUUUGUCACUUACGCAAGUGCAUGGGCUUUUUUUAGACUUGUACAAUUACAGUCAACUUUCUAGUUCAGCCAGAAUGUAGAUGGUGGAAACUGAUGAGGGAGAAGAAAAAUAAGUAGGAUUUAUUUCAUACACCAUCUUCUAGUAAUCAAAGCAAAGUGACAUGUGAUUAGCAAAGUUUCAUAGAUAAUAUUUCUUGGGAGUCCCUAUACCUGAAACCUGCCGUAUUCAUGGAGGGGAAUGUAUCAAAGGAUUUGACUUAUCAUUUUGAAGGCAGAACAUGACAUUGAACACUCAGGGAUUACGAUGAUAUUUUCAUGGUUUAUCACAGUUAUUUGGCAGUCCAUAGGGAGGUGACAAUGAAUGAUGAUAAUCUGAGAGAUGAAUACUGGGUUGUUGUGCAUGAGAAAAGAGGCCACAUAAAAUUAAAUAACUAUUUCUUGGGUGGGGUAGAGUAACACUUGUGCCGUAAAUGGAAAAAGUGCAAGUAAGUGAGAAAGUUAGUGAUUACCAUAUAUACCUUCAAGAAAGCUCAAAGAACAAUAAAAACUGAAUUUUGAACUGUACAAGCAAAAGUAUUGAGAAAUUUUGAGAAAAAUAUUAAUGAGAAACCCCUAGAAUACUUAAAAUGGAUUUUUGGUCAAUUUGCAACAUGGAGUAAGUAAGGUUUUAGGAAUGCCAAAGUUUCAGCAGAAUUCUCUGGAUGGUUAAAUUGUUCAUAGACAUAAAUAUCUGAAGAAUUCAUGGUAUAUUUUGGAAAGGAAAUCUACAUAGAUGGGUUUUACUGAUGGACAUAUGGUCUAUCAAAAAUGCUGGGGACAGAUGCUAUAAAAGAAAUAGAAUCUUAAUAAAAGAAAAUGAAUUGGUGUGAAGGAAGAGACUGUCACUAAAGAAAUUUCAGAGGAAAUUUUAUAUGGAAGCUAGUUAAUUGAUGAAGGAAAUAAAUUAUGAACUCUACGAAUAGGGGGUAAUUGGAAGGAAAACAAUGCUCUUUAAAACAUUUAAAUGACCAGUAUUUUUAAGUGAAGACAGGUUUAACUAAAUCAUAUCUCAAUUAAAAAUUUGGGUAGAUCGACCCAGUUUUAAAUACAAACCAUUCAUUUGAUGUACAUGUCAAUCAUUUUAUAGUAGCAGACUUAUUACCUUACAUAUAAUGCCUUACAGGCCCACAGUAUUAUAUAGCUUAUGUUUUUUUUUUGCAAUGUGGCAUGAUGAUUACAAAAGGACCCAAUAUAAGUUGAGACAGUUUAUGACAAGGUACCUUUUUAAUGUACACAUAGAUGUGUUAAAAUGUAUUUGUAAUCUACAUUAUUUUGUUCUGUGCAAGAACAUAUUUCCUCAUAAUGAAGAUGUUGCCUGUGUCUUUUUAAAAUAUAGGAUAUAAGAUGUGUAUGUUCCCCAAAACUUCAUUGGUUAAAAUUAAAUUGGCUUUAGUUUUAAUCCCUGAUUUCCAUAACUUUGCUAAAUGCUGAACAUCAUGAUAUUUGUAUCAUGAUUUUUAUAUCAUCUUGGGGCUUCAUAUCCAGUUACUCGGAUGAUAUGUAGCAAUUCAUUAGAUGAUACAAAGCUAAAGCCUCCUAGUAAGAAUAUCUUUCUUGCCCAUUUUACCUGCCUGCCCUACCCAAUUAAAAAAUUUGGAUGACCAAAGAAAUCAAUGAAUAGUUCCCCAACAUUCCUUGGAAAAUUUUUGUUAAAAAACUAUUAUGGAGAAUAUAUGGAUUUGAUGUAUUAUUUUUGGAUGCAUAAUAUUAAUGUCACAGUCAUGGGCUAGCUUUUCUAUGUAAUGGGCUAGCUUUUCUAAACUAUAAUUGCCUGAUUUAGGAUAAUAGGACAUAGUGCUGAUGUGACAUUCAAAAUGAGACAAGGUGCAACAAGUGACUUGCCUUCCGUGUUCAUACAGCAAAUGCACUAUUCUUGAUUGUAUUUUAUAGGACUAGAUUAUUUCCACUGGGCACUAUUAUUAAUUCUCUCUACACCCUGCUGCCAUAUGCUACUUCUAGGCAGAGAACCCCACUUAAAAUACGCUUUAACGGGAACUUCUAGAAAAGGAUAAUGUGCUCCAUUUUCUUUUCUUUUUUUAAUGGAGGAUAAAGAUCUAUUCAAUAAAAGGUCAUUUGGAAAAUAAUGCAUAGAAAGGCUUUUUCCCCCCAAGACCUACACCAAAUAAGUUUGAUCGAAGGGUAUCAGAGCUAUAGAGACACUCUGGAUACAAAUAUGGUAUUUUAUACAUGUCUCUCUCUCUCUUCUAAGAGCAGGACAUUACUAAGGUAUUCAGUGCAAUUCUCUUAAUACUAGUGGAAUUUGGAAGUGACCAAGUGAACGCCGAUAUUUGGAAAACCAAGUGGCCAUUUUGGGUUCACUUAACCUUGCCCUGUGGAAUCACUUACACUUUUACAUGCUUUCUUUGAUUUAUAAAGUUUGAAUGCCCAGAUCUGGAUCCCCAGUUCACUCCAAUCACAGGACUCAGACAUGCAACCUAUUUUUCAAAUGACUAAAGAAUGUCAAUCUUCUGGUUCUCCAAAUAAAUGAUUCCAUUUUAAGGUACAUGCCAGUUUUGGGGAAUAGCAAUUUGACUCUAAGACAGCAAAAUCUGUUGGUUGGUUCUUACUGGGAAAUGUAUUCUGGAUAAAAUACUCAUUGUCAUUCUAGACUUUAAAUGGGGGACAGCAACUGUGGACAUAUACAAAGAGCAUCUUACAUAGAAAACAUUCUGGGGGGAAUUUCUGUGUGGUGUUCAUUUCUUGUGCAUAAGAGUUGAACAGGUAGUGCUUAAUGAGGUGUGACUGUGCGCAUAUCCAAACAGGUUUGUUCUGAUUUCCUUCUCUAGGGCUGUAAGCAGAAAGAUUGUGUGUGUACAUACACAUACACACACACAAAUUGUAAAGAAAGGAACAAGAUUAUUUUCUGCUAUGCUCCUUAAAAACUGGUGGUUCACACAGGAUAUCCUAAUUAAUAAUUUUAAACCAAACAUUCAUAGUUUUAUUUAUUGCAAUUUUGCUGCAUGGGACUUUGCUUUCAUAAACCUAUAUAGUGGUGAAUUUGUUCUAAUUUACUGAUCUGGAACACAUCUAAUCACAGUUGAAUUUACACCCAACAACUCUGGUGUAGUUACAUUACAAAAGACAUGAAAUUGAUAUGGAAAAACUUUAAGAAGUACUGUACCUUUUUUUCCAAGAGGAAAUAUUUCAAAAAAAUGAAACUAUAAGUAGGCACUUCAAAAAAGAGAAAAUAUUUUAUGUUUGUCUUUUGACUGACAUGCUAUAAAAAGGAUUAUAUUUGUGAAAGAAGAUACUGAUUGCCAAUAUUUCAAAUACCAUCUUGCAAUGUAUAGUUUUUAGUGACAUCGUAGUAUAAAUCUGUACUUUGAAGUUUUACUUUGGAAUGUAAAGUAGAAAAUACUAGCUAUGUCAAUGAUAUCUUGCAAAGUGUUCCCAUUUAUAAUUAUUUAUAUUGUAAAUAGCUUUCUGAAGUAAAUUUGAAGUUAAUGUGCAUAAAAUGUAUUUAUUAUGUGAGGAAUUUUUUGGUUUAAAAUAUAGUUACCAAUAUACAGCUUGA